CUAGACUUUCGCCAAGGGGAGAUAUUGCAAGGCAGAGCAGCGGCUGCAGGAAAGCAUUGUAGCACAGUCAAUGGAACAAGUACACACAGUGCUGAAUUGCUGUGCCGCAAUAUGAAUGAAAGAAUGCGUGAAUUACCAGGCCAAUAUAAGAAUUCGGAAUGCUGUGAAGCUGAUUUGAAGGACUUAGCGUAUGAUAUAAACGUCGUUUUAAAGGAUAAAAUAUAUUUUCCGGAUGUAUUAUGUGCUAAAAAGAAUUCCAGUCUAGAGUCUACUGAUUCCUCAUUAGUAGAUUAUAAAAACAAUUCUAAAAUCGAUGAAGGGGCGACCCCAGCUAUUGCUACUCGACCAAUUGCUCGUGUUGCCCCAUUUUUCAAUAGCACCAACGGCACACAAAAUAGUAAUUAUGGUGACCAUAGCAACGCGGUAGACCACUCCAACGUUUUUCUGCCACUUUCACGCACUAACCUGCAUACACUAAACUCUGACGAAAGUGAGGCCACCUUUGCUUCCCGGGAAUUACGGUUUCCAAGGGUAUCUUCCAGUAACUGCGCUAACGAUGGUUCAUUGUCGCCAUUGCCGCGCAGCAUAGCCUUACAGAUAGAACGCCUGCAACAAUUGGAACAGGAGAGUGAAGCGGUCCCAAACACAUAUGACUACGACGAAGACGAUUAUGGAAUAAAUGUGGAGCCACAAGAAUUGCAUCAGACUGAAAGAAAAGAGCUGGCUGAUGAUUAAGAUAGCGAGAGCGACGAACAAACUGCGGUCAAGUAUGUCGCUGGAUUGGAUGUGUAUUGACCAUUUUACUCUGUGUGUUAUUAUGCUCACUUUACGGUGGCAUAUUGCAGUCUCACUGUCUGUUUUUAUGAUUGUUUUUUCUAUACUUAUCCAUAUAGGUA